AUGGACCUCCUAGCCAAGCUCGAGAUACUAGCUGUUACAGUUAACAACGAAGACAACGGCAUCAUCCUCGAAACUGCCUCGAACAACCAGGACAAGAACUCAACCUUUCUCGUCAAGCUUGAAGGACCUCUAAGCACCCCAUCUCAAUUCCAAGAGCUGUCCAAGUCCCUCACAACCCCCAUCCUUAAGAAAGGAGUAGGCGAAGCCUCUACUGCCAAUUUCUGCCUCAUCACCGGCGCCAUGAAGUUCAAUAUUCUUUCUGCUCUCGCAGGCAGCACCUUCUCCGCAACAUUUGUCCGAAUCAACCUCUCCCCUAAAGAUCUCUCCGCACAUAGCAUCGCCCCAACCCUGGGUAGUGAGAUCGAUCCUACCCUUCCGCAGAACCGAGCUACCGAUGCCGAUGAGGUGUUUCUUCCGAAGCAGGGCGAGUACCCCGUGUGGUAUUUCUUUUAUGGAGAUUUGGCUGUGCCGGAGAUUUUAACUGAAAGGCUGGGGUUGGAUGAGAGUCCGACGUAUCGGAAGGCAGUGGUCAAUGGAGGGCUUUUGAGGACCUGGGGAGGGUGCAAGUAUAAGGCUUUGGUUGAUGGGGAUGCGUCGGCGAGGGUAGAGGGGUGGGCGUAUGAAGUGGGAUCUGAGGAGGAUGAGGAGAUGUUGAGGUAUUAUGAGACGGAUUUCUAUGAGGUGGUGAGGUGCGAUAUUUGUAUGGUGGAUGUUGGAGAGGUUAUUAAGGGGCUGGUAUUUAGGUUUGUGGGGGAUGUUGACUAG